AAUUUCUAUGAUAACAACAUGUAGUAAUUUAAAAGAAAUUCAAAUUUAUGAUGAAACGUUGAAAGAUGGAGGAUUUUAUAUACCAUUAGAUAUUAAUUAUAAACAUACAGCUGAUGAAUUUAUUUGUAAACUUGGAACGGCUUUACCAGAAUCAGUUCAUACGAUAAGAUUGGUUAUGGAUUGGUUUUAUAAAUCAAGUUCUCUUGAUAUAUUUUUUAAACAAUGUAAUGCUAAAAGAUUACAAAGAUUGGAAUUUAGUAAUUGCUCAUUUUUUUCAAGUAAACAUCUUGAAGUUGUAGUUCGUCAUUGUGGAGGGACAUUAAAACAUUUAUAUUUUAAUAGUUAUCAUCGAAUGUGUAGAGAUGAUGUUAAAAAAGUGAGAGAGAUAAUUCCGAAUCUUGUUAUUGGGAAUAAUGAAUUUAACAGAGCAUGUUAACCUCUUCCGCUUUGGUUAAAAAUGUUUAGAUAUCGUUUAAUAUAUAUUUAUUUUUAAAUAGAGAUUAUCUUAACAAUGUAUAUAAUUGUAGACCAACCCUAAUACAUUGAAUGAUUGUAAUAAUAGAAUAUACAUAAAUGGUUAAGGUAUUCUUAUGUAGAAUCACGCAUCAUUCACCAUAAAACUUGUUUACAGAAUGGUUGUAAAAAUUUAAUUAUAUUGUUUAUUGUGAUUGUAUGUGAUAGUAAUUACAUGGAUAUGCACCCUUAUUGUGCUUAUUGUGGUACGGUACGA